CGUCGACCAGGAAAACGCAACGUUAUGCUGGCAGUCGUGUACACUACUGUCUGCUGAGUGGGUGUGUAGGUCAACAUGUCUGUCGAUAAAGUUCGUGCUAAUAGGUGUGUAAGCGGGGCGCUGCUGGCUGUGUUUUGCGUCUUUGGCUUCGUUCUCAUCCUUCAGGUGGCGGCCAUGAUCUUCGGGCCCUCCAAGUCCGCCUGUACCAAGCAAGUAUGCCUGGCAAAGUUCUUGGAGGGUCCCCCUGCCUUCAACAACGAAGUGAUGGCCAGCUACCUAAAGAAGAACUACUUCCUCCCUCCCGCUACCAGCCAAUACAACCUGUCCGGACAUGACGGCGCCACCGACACUUUCAACGCCCUCGUUCUGUUCAUCAAAGAAUAUUUCAAGAACAAGCGAGGCGGGGUGUUUGUUGACGUUGGCGCCGGGGACGGAGAGUAUCGUUCCAUCACGCUGCAGCUGGAGAAGUCCCUGGGGUGGACGGGGCUGCUGGUGGAGCCCAACGAGCGCCUCUACAAGAAGCUGCUCAAGAAGGGUCGCAAGGCCCAGCUGACCAAGACUUGUGUCUCGCCCUACACCUACCCAGCUAUGAUGACGCUGUCACACCCGAGGGUGGAGGAGGGGGCCAGCCACGAGGUGGAGACACUCGGCAAGGGCAAGAUAGAACAGUUCUGGACCAAGGAUGAAAAUGCAGAACACGAAAAGUUCGAGGCGCAGUGCGUGCCGUUCGAGAACCUGGUGUACGCCGCCGGGAUCACCACGACCAUCGACCUGCUGGUGCUCGACAUGAGCAGCACCGACCUCGAAGUUCUCAUCAACACCAAGCUCGACUCCCUCCCGGAGUUAGAGAUGCUGGUAAUCUACGCCAACGGGGUCAACAUCGGGAGCGAGAUCGGGGGCUACUUCAUGGAGAUGAACUUGGUGGUCAAGAGAGUCUUCGGCCAGACCUCGGCGAAUGCUGCCUACGUUCUCGUUAAGUUCGAUGGUAAAAGAGACCUGUAAUGGAGUCAUUCUGGCUAGGGCGAGUGUUGGCGUGGCAACUCUCCUCCCUGUUCUCUUCUCUAGUGAUCUCUAGUGCUACACUGACCUCGUCUGUGAUGCUGCUCUGACUCUCCUGGGAUUCACUGCACCUGGAACACUGAGGUGGGGUCGGAGGGAGUAUCAGGGUAUGAGCUCGAGGUUCUCAUUUGCCCCUGCAUAUAUAUUUCCCUAAAUAUAGGGAAAUUUGUAGGGAAUAAAGGGUUUUGUAUUGUUUGUAGGGAACAAGCUUCCCCGACUGGGUUCCACCAUUCAGCUCUGGGUCGUCUGAUACAAUAACCUGUAUCAUAUCUUGAAGCUGAGAAUAGAGUAAGUCAUUUCUAUUUCACAUUUUAUUCCACCUACUAUUAUAUUUAGACGUUUCAUCGCUGGGGGUGAUUAUUCUAGCGCCUGCCUUACAUAGUACACAAUGAUGAGGACGUCUUGUCCAUGUGCCCAAAGGCUGCUGGGAUGGUCGCCAGUUUCGUGUAUGACGCUGCUUAUAUUCCGUUAAUGUGUGCUCCUGGCGAGAGGCGUGUGCUGGCAUGCCCAACAUGGCCACUUUCACGAACGUCUUAUAUUAGUCGUUAUAACUCGGUCAAUUGUUUUCUCUCUAUUUACUUUCUCCAUCUGUGGUCUCUGUUUUUCUGUCUUUUUUUCUCAGAUUGUCUUUUUGUCUCUUUUUCCACUCCCCCCCCUCAUUUUAUUUGUGUCUUUGUUUCAUCUGAAUGCUAUGAUCUGUUUACAUAGAUCUGUGUUUACAAUGUGUCUCUGUUGAUGUGGAUUUUUUUUUCUCCUGUAUGUUCCGACUGUCAGUCCG